UCUCUCUCUCUCUCUCUCUCUCUCUCCCCCCCCAACAACAGAGAACUGAGCAGGUUGUUGACACUGCAAUUGCAAGCACGUGCCCCAAUAUCUCCAUGUUUUCCAUGGAAAUUUGCCACUAAUUUUCUCAACUUUCCCGGUCAGAACUCUUUCCUCUAAAGCCUCUCCCUUUAUUUUGUUCUGUUGUCUCUUCUUUUCUUAUCUUCAGACUUCAGUGAUCAUCAAUUAGGGGAGUCCCAGAUCAGUUUUGCGUUUCAUUUUUACUGGGUUUCCAUUAUUUUCUUACAGCUUUCAAUUUCAAGCUCCAACUGUAUCUGGACUUUGUAUUGAUUCUUCAUCUCUUUUAUGCAUAAUUUUCUUCUUUUUUGUUAAAGUUGUCCUCUUUGUUCAUGUUGUUUUCUGAAAUUUGCAUUUUCUGCCCCUUUUCUUAUUAUUCUAUUUGGAAUCAAUUAUUGUUUUUCCUUUUCACAUUGUAAAGAAGUUUUGAUUGGAUGAUCCCUCUGUCUAGUGUUCUGUUCACAAUGUAAAGAAGCUUUGAUUGGAUGAUCUCUUGUCUAGUGUUAUGUUCACAAUACUUGCAUGCUGCUAAUCCAUUGACUUCUUGUGAUAUACCUCUUUAUGCCUUUCAGUUUGCGCCAUUUUUACCUGUUUGAGAUCUCAAUUUAUAGUUUAAAUAUGUUGUAGAACUCAUCUUCUAAUGCUCUAGUUUCCUCGCCAAUUUCAGUUCUUGCCUCGCACUUCAAAUUGUAUCCUGUGUACUGCUACUAUUGUUACUACUGUUAUGCAAAUUUCGAGUUUCCCAUUUAACCCUCACAUCACCAGUUGACACAAUUAUUAGAUCAUCCAUCUAUUGUGCAGCAUCCCAGAAUUCAUUUUACCUACGAUUCUUUGCAAUUCGUGCGCCAAAUCAUUGCCCACUGGUAUAUGUUGGAAUACUCAAACUGUAGGCAUCAAUGUCAAUUUUAUGUGGCUUACCUCUUCUCGAGUGUGUCUACUGUCUAGCAUGUGCCCGGUGGGCUUGGAAACGAUGUCUCCAUUCUGCUGGUCAUGACAGUGAAACUUGGGGCCUUGCAACUGCAGAAGAAUUUGAGCCAGUUCCUCGCCUAUGUCGCUAUAUUCUAGCCGUAUAUGAAGAUGAUCUUCGACACCCUAUGUGGGAACCCCCUGGAGGGUACGGAAUGAACCCAGAUUUGGUAAUUCUCAAAAGAACUUACGAGGAUACUCUUGGAAGGGCCCCUCCCUAUAUAUUGUAUCUAGAUCAUGAUCAUUCCGACAUAGUUCUUGCAAUUAGAGGCCUUAAUUUGGCAAAAGAGAGUGACUAUGCUGUGCUUUUGGACAAUAGCCUGGGGAAAAGGAAAAUUGAUGGUGGGUAUGUCCAUAAUGGGCUCCUCAAGGCUGCUGGGUGGGUUUUGGAUGCUGAGUGUGAGAUUUUGAAGGAGUUGGUGAAGAAGUAUCCAAAUUACACCUUGACUUUUGCAGGACAUUCCCUUGGGUCUGGCGUAGCUGCAAUGUUGACAUUGGUGGUAGUGCUAAACCAGGAUAAGUUGGGAAACAUUGAGAGAAGGAGGGUCAGAUGCUAUGCUAUUGCACCUGCAAGAUGUAUGUCACUCAAUUUGGCAGUCAGAUAUGCAGAUGUUAUUAAUUCUGUUGUGCUGCAGGAUGAUUUCUUACCUAGGACAGCCACACCCUUGGAAGACAUCUUCAAGUCACUUUUCUGUUUGCCAUGCCUACUAUGUCUAAGGUGCAUGAGGGAUACAUGUAUACCUGAGGAGCAUCUGCUCAAAGAUCCAAGGAGACUCUAUGCACCUGGUCGCCUCUAUCACAUUGUUGAGAGGAAACCUUUCAGAAUGGGAAGAUUCCCCCCUGUUGUGAGGACAGCAGUACCAGUGGAUGGAAGGUUUGAGCAUAUAGUUCUAUCCUGUAAUGCCACCUCUGACCAUGCAAUCAUUUGGAUAGAGAGAGAAGCCACAAGGGCUCUGGAUCUAAUGCUAGAGAAAGAUCAUAUCAUGGAGAUCCCUGUAAAACAAAGGAUGGAGCGCCAGGAGACUUUGGCCCGAGAACACAGUGAGGAGUACAAGGCUGCACUACAGAGAGCUGUGACACUGGCUGUGCCGCAUGCUUAUUCACCUUCUCAGUAUGGAACUUUUGAUGAGCAAGAGGAAGGACUCAAAGGAUAUGAAUCACAUAGAUUGAGUGGGGAAUCUUCUUUCGGUUCUUCUAGGAAAAACACGUCAAGAGAAAACUGGGAUGAAUUGAUUGAACGUCUUUUUGAGAAGGAUGAAUCUGGUCAUAUGGUGCUCAAGCAAUCACACUAGGGAUGAUUAAUAAUGAUGUAAUAGUGUAAGGAUAGCAUGAAAAAGAGUUGAGCAUUAGGUUGCGGCAACAGGAGUAAUUCAUUGAUUUAUUUGUACUAUAAUUCUUCUUCAAUUGAUUUGUGCAUUAGCUAAAA